CGCGUGCAUCACCAACAAAGUCGCGUUUGGUCCACCUGCCGCCAUUGCCGUUUGUCAAGGCGUAUAAUUUUCGUCUCUUGCUCUCAACGGUCGCAUUUCCAACAGCAGCACAGCCAUUGUAGGGUCGCGGGAGGAUAUCAUUUUGCUUGUAACAGCUGUCAAAUAGUCCGAAUCAAUCAUCGCGCUUUACGACUUUGACCAGCGCCACGCAACAAAGACCGUCGUGACGUGUGACUAAUUGCUUGGGAUCAGCCUCCCCCCUACCGUCACUGACUACCUUAGCUGUUUGGUCCAGACAGGCGAAAAGAGUUGUAAAAUUCUCCAAUCCGCCGGCUGAUACAUUUGGCCUCCUGAGCAUUAGAUGGACGACCACGAUGCCCCCGUGGCGUCGACGGCAACGAAGCCCAAGAGACCUCUAUUCAAAAAGCGCAAGGUAAAGUCUGCCUCAAACGCACCUGAUACCACAGCCUCAGGGGAGCAGGGGGUUGGGAUCUCGACCAAUGUCAAUCUGGACGAGGAGGAGGACGACGGCUUGAACCUCUUCAAGCGCUCCAAGGACUUUUUUCCCGUGUUCGUCAAAGACCGAGAGGAGGAACUGGCAGCAGAAACACGAAAAUCAGAAGAAUCGAGUGAUCGGAAGCGUCGGAAAGUCUCGCCUUCGGCAGAUCGUGCAUCCCCAAAGUCGGAUCUGUAUGAUGUAUCCGAGGAUGAGAAAGAACGCAUUCGCAUAAGGCGAGAUGAGAGACCACUCACCCCACCACCGACAAAAGACAAGUCAUUGUUGAACUCUUCUGGGCGACGAUCCGGCCAGCGCGGCGUGGGCAAGGGCAAAGUCAACGCCUCCCCCGCCAGCGCAACACCAUCGAGGCGUGCGGCCGCGAGACCAGCCCCAAGUAGCUCCAUCGUUAUAUUCGACUCGGAGGACGAGUAUGUUCCCAGGCCUACGGCCAGCAGGAGGUCGCCAGUCGAGACCAAAGAGCCCAUAGGGUCGCCGACUCCCACGAAGCAACAGGCGAACAAUGCCAAACCGAUAGAAAUAGACGAUGACCUUGAGGAGGUUGCGCCAGCUACCGAAAGCCUGGAUGACGAAGACAAUGAGUUUGCGCACUUUGUUGUCGCCGCGCGGGAACGUCGGGAAAACCAAAAAGCCGUCCGCGCCGCGGCCGAAUCUGUCAGGGGCACAAAGCCAGUCGAUGAACGGAUUAUCCAGGUCUUUGUGACUUCGAGGCUUCCCCCGCCCAAGAUGAAACCGGUCGUCCUCAAUACGGUGAUGCGUAAGCCUAUCAAAGUACUGCGGGACACGGUCGUGGCGUUCUCGGCCUCCAGGGGCCGGCCAUUGACCGAGGAAGAGCAAAAGGGAGCGUUCCUGGUGUGGAAAGACAGUCGGCUGUACAGCUCCUCCACGCUCAUGUCGCUCGGCGUCGUGCCGGAUGCACACGGCGGCUUUUCAAAAACGGGUUCAGGAAAUGCAAACGACGGCGUGACGGUCGACGGCCAGCUCCACUUUGAGUUGUUCACCGAGGAAAUAUACGCCGAGUGGAUGCAACAGCUGGAAAAGCAGCGUCAGAAAGACCUGUACCAAACGAUAUCAGAUGAUGAGGGCGAAACCGGCCAAAAACCGGCCGCCGAUGGACAGGACGAGGCUCAAGGCCAAGAUGGCAAGAGUUCUGAAAAGAUACGCAUCUUCCUGAAAGCCAAAAACUUGGAUCAGGUGAAGGCGUCAGCGAAGGCUGAUACGGAGAUUAGUGAGCUCGUCGCCGCCUUUCGCAAUGUACGUAAGAUUCCGGCAGACAAGCAGGUCGUCAUCAUGUUUGACGGUGACAAGCUGGCCGAGACCGACACGGUUGGGGAUGCAGGGAUUGAAGACAAGGACGUUGUUGAUGUGCUCAUCAAAUGACAAAACACAUGAUGCAUCUGGCGGCGUGACUAGCCAUUUCUAUCAUGUUUAGCGCCCAGAAAAUGUUAUUUUACGAAAUGAUACCCAAAUAUGAUAAUCACAAAAUACCUGCGCCUAUGCACUUUUG